AUGUCCGAGGUAGCAGCUCGGUCCUCCGCUUCGCGCGGCAGAGGCUCAGGCCGUGGCGGUAGAGGAGGCUUCGCCGGCCGUGGAGGCCGGAGGGCGAAUGGCGACAAGACCGAGACGAGUGCCGACACUUCGAGCUCAGCCUUUGAGGACGAAGGCGAAAUUGGCGAGCUCCGCAGGCUCUAUGGCAGCAAGACGGAAGUCAUUCGCGAGAUGUUCCCGGAUUGGUCAGAGGUGGACGUGCUGUUUGCACUCCAAGAGACCAAUGGCGACGAGAACGAGGCCGUGACCCGCAUCGCCGAGGGUACCGUGUCUCAAUGGGGCGAAGUCUCCAAGGCCAAGAAGCCUUCGAAGCCCAAGGCCAAGGAUACGCCCGCGUCGACCUCUAACAACGACUCCUCAGCUGCGUCCGGCUCGCGUCCCAGCCGUGGAGGCCGCGUCGCCUCGGAGGGUGGCCGUGGUAGGGGCAGGGCUACUGACCGCGGUGGUCGCGGUGGACGUGGACGUGCCACCACCGCAGCCCCAAGCGCAGCUCGUAAGGAGAAUGUACCGCUAUCUGUCCCGACUGAGGAGGUCCCUGCAUGGGGAAAAGACACUUCUGCGCCCGCGACACAGGUCACUGAAGAGAAGUCCGCGCCUCAGGCUGCCACCGCCACCGAGACACCGCAGUCGUCUGCCCCUCAGGCCAAAACGUGGGCGAGCAUGUUGCGACCGAAGCCCGCACCCAAGGCUGCCCCCAAGCCCCAGGAGCCCGCGGCCCCUAUUGCGACCGAACCAGUGGCUCCCGAAACUACCACCCAAUCGACACCUGCCGAGAGCGAGCCGCAGCCUGCCGAUGUUGACCAAGAAGCUACGCCGAUUCCUGAGCCAGCCGUCCCUGCUCUCACGGAGCCAGAAACCACCUCGACGCCCGCCAUCACCCCCUCACACGACGAGCUCACCGAAACAAACCUUGAGCAUGUUGCAGAUGUAUCUCACCCACCAGCCACCCACACUGCCGCAAGCACCACUGCUGAUUCUUGGGAUCCCCGACAGACUAGCAAUGCCACGCCCCUCUCGGCUGCCCAGCAGCAGCACCAAGCGAACCGCGACACCUCCAGCGGCUUUGCCGCUUCGGCGAUCAAGGCGACAGAGCAGCGUGCGGCUCGGACGCCCGCUUUCCAGAGGCGUGUGCUCGACCAGGAGGAGGCUGUUCGCAUGCCCGGCGGCAACCGCGACGUCGACCGUGCGGCUGUUCAGUUCGGUGCCUUCAGCCUAGGCGACGACGAAGAGGCAGCCGGUGGCCGCGAAGAGGCUGAGACUCGCGCGCAGCCCCCAGCCGAAUCUCCUGUGUCCCACCCCCGUACUGCCCUCCCUCCAUCGACCCUACCUGGCGCUUCCCAGGACAUCAACCAGCAGAAGGCUGGCUUCGGCGCAGCCACCUCCGCUGCCCCUGGUGGUAUGAUCCCUACGAAUUGGUCUCAGCCCGCAGCCACAGCUAACCAUGGCACAGCCCCCGGACAACCCGCCAUUGGCAUGCCGAGCCAGCAGUAUGGCCGUUUCGGCCAGGAGGGCUCGCAAAAGCCCAACGACCCCUUUGCUCAGCAGGCCCAGCCGAACAGCCAGCCUCCAUACGAUUCGUUCCCCGGGCAGACGAGCCAAGCCCCUUCUCAGCAACAGCAGCAGCCGGGCGGCGCCUUCAGCUCUGCACCCAACGACUACUCUUCCUACUACACAUCUAAUGAUCGUCACCCGUACAACAACAAUUACUACGGCCACCCGUUUGCUCACCAGCAGCAGGGCGGACAAGGUCAGCAGGACAGCGCUCCGGGCCAGCAGCGCCCCUACGGCAGCUACGGCGCGUCUCAGCAAGGCGACAACCUGAGCCAGUACCCCCAGAGCGGUGUUGGAAUCCAGAACCAGCCUCGCUUCGGCGCCGGCGGCAACGACGCCCAGAACAGCGGGCACUCGACCCCCAACCCCACGACCCAGGCCGCUCAGCAGCAGGGAAGCGCCGCCCCUGGAACCCAGCCCCCCUCGCACGCGCAGCAACAAUACGGAUACGGCAACCACCCUUACUACAACAACCCAUACUACCAGCAGUACUACUCUGGAUAUGGCGGCCAGGGUGGCUUUGGCCCCUACGGCGGCGCUGGCAAGAAUGCCAUGUAUGGUCAGCCUUACGGCAUGUCUCCGAACGCGCCCUUCGACCAUGCAAACUCCCCCGCCUCGUUCGCGCAGUCGUCGCUGCACAGGGACAGCGGAGCCGGUUCUGGCAUUAGUGACUACGGCCGCUCUGGCUCGGGCCAAGCUGGAGGUGCUCCAGGUCUUGGAGGCGCCGGCAGCACCUUUGGCAGUGUCCACGACUCGUUCUCUCGCGGCUCCUCGUCCUUCCAGUCGCAAGCGCCCGGCUUUGGCGGUCAGGCCCAGCAGGGCAACGCUGCCCCUGGCGAUGACCUGAAGUUCGGCGAGGCCAAGAGCGGUGCCAACCCGUCGCCUUCGAUCGGCGGCGCUCGCCCUGGAUCCGCUACCGCCAGCAACACCGCGGCCUCUGGCCAGAGCGGUCUGCCCCCUCCCCAGUCUUCGCAGAUGAGCGGUGGCGCUUACGCUGGGUACCCUAGCCAUCUCCAGGGCCAUGCUGGUGUUCACGGCAGCCACGCUUAUGGGAUGGGUGGUGCCGGCGGUGCCAACCAGCACGCCAACAGCCCCUAUGGCUCCUACGGCCAAGGCGGCUUUGGCAGCGGUGGCUACUACGGUGGCAACCAGCAGCAACAGCGCGGCGGCUGGGGUGGUAACUACCACUAA